AAAAUAUCAAGUAAUGGACAGGCUAGAUAACUCGCAAGAUCGUAGCUAUGGAGAUCAUAAUAGAUCUUUCACUGGGCUAACCGGCAACCAGAAACAUGGACUUCAUGAUGCCAAAUAAGAAUAUAACAAGUGAUCUCUACAACGCAGAAAUUUCAGCAAUAAAUGUAGAUAUGACAGGACAUGAUGUCACGAAUCGUUACGAUCCCUACGAGGAUAACAGCGUGAUUGAGGAGGAGAAAGGCCAACACCCAGGCGAUAAAGCCUACGAUAUCCUUGGUCUUGGUAUCUCUUGCGAUGAUCAACCAGAGAUUUUACACACAGAAAAGUCUAAAAGGAACAAGAUUAACAAGCUUUUCAAGAAAAAGAAACUUAAGAAGAUUAAAUUUGACACUGAAAUAGCUGUCAAUGAUGAUGGUAACCAACUUGUCAAAGGUGAUGACAUCAUUCAAAGGUUUCAAUCAGAUCACUUCGAGAAAAACAAGGGACUCGUGCCUGUUGACUACAAUGCUGCUAACACUCAGAUCAGCGAAAAUAUGCAUCACUCUAAAGAUAACAAAAGAAGAACAGAAAAGAAAAAUCAAACUGUAUUUACUCUCCAAGAGAAUUUGGUCACUGAAGAGCCUAGAAUCAGGGGCGGAGUGGUUACCAACCUAACAACCACAGACAUGAGAAUGAGAAACAAGAACAUUUAUUACACCGAAAAUCCCCAACUCAUGAAGAAUGAACUUAAAAGGCUUCGUAAAAGAACCAAAGAUGCUAUCCAAGAGAAGAAAAGAAAGGCAAGGCUCUUUGAAAAUUGCCGUAAAGAGUUAGAAGAAUCGAUCGAUCCAUCAUUCUUUGAUUAACCCUGGUCUUAUGCUCAAAGUAGAUAAUCGGAUUAAAAUCAUA